AUGGCGUCUGAGAACGAUCAUAAUUCACAUAAACUUUGUCCAAUUUGUCAUGAGGAUAUCGACUAUUUCGCAUACGGCUCAUGCAAUCAUCCUACCUGCACCAAAUGUAUUCUCAAGUUGCGGAAGUUUGGCAGUGCGGACGAGCCGGAUUUUUCCAAAUGUCCUACUUGUCGCCGGAAUUUGAAUAUGAUUGUGAUUAUGGAAUCAUUCAUCCCGUUUGAUCAGGUGAACACGAGCACACUGCGACGUGAUUCACAAUAUGAUUUCGUCUAUCCCACAGACCACAUUGGACAGCAUUAUCGGGAUAUGUUGCGUUCCCGUUGUCCGAUUUGUGGUGAAGAGAAAGCCUCUUUGUCCGCUUUAAAUAGGCACACCACAAUAGAACAUCAACUUUCUUAUUGCGAUCUAUGCAUCCGUUAUGCAAGGUUGUUACCUUGUGAGUUUGUUCCCAUGAAACCAUCCGAUUUGGUGCAGCAUCGCAAAUGGGAUAAACAACGCAGACGUGGUCAUCCGUCGUGUGACUUCUGUGAAGAACGAUUCUACGAGUUUGAGGAUUUAAUUCAUCAUUUGCGAGAUUGUCAUUUUCUCUGUGAUCUAUGCAUGACUGCGGGGAAAUUUGUCGUAUUCAGAGAGCAGCAUGAGUUAUUAACCCACUAUGGUGAUGCUCAUCAUCUGUGCGCGGAAUGUCGUCAACAGCAACGGAUCUCCUGUUUCUCCACUGCCGAAAAUUUGGGAAUCCAUCGAUUCCAAGAGCAUCCAGAUGCAGUGAACAAUGACCCGGANCGCCGCCGGGAUCCGUUAAAUCCAGUAGUGGAUCGGGUUGGUGGAGUGUUGAGUUCUACCGACGGCCGAUUGAUCGCCGAAGGCACGACUGCUGGUAUUCGUUUUCGUCGUNACCCUAGUGAAUGGACCGGUGACGAUUUUCCUGCAUUAACUGCCGCUUCACAGUCCCAAAGUGAACGCCCCGACGAUGCUCCCGGAACUGCAGCAAGAGAUGCUCAAGGCUCUGGCGCUCAGGCUGUGAGAGGAGAUAGCUCCACGGCUCGGCAAGCUGGCAGUACUCGCGGUCCAGGUCGAAGUGUUCAGCCGGGAUCGACUUUGGCGGCACUUACCGGAGGUGGACGCAGCUCUCGUUUGACAGCAGAUGACUUUCCUUCAUUAUCUGGAUCAGCUGGUGUAAAUCCCGGCCCCGCUCCAACUUGGAUCAAGAGUUCAAGUAGCGGUCGUGCUACCUUUGCAAAUGAACCGAACCGUACAAAUCGGCUCCGACCGAGCCAGUCACAACAGUUACCGACGGUUUCCGAUUUUCCUGGUCUACCUGUUGAUUUCAGUCGCUCCGUACAUGCCUCCGGGGCAUCCACUUGGAUCGUACCGGAAAGAGCACCCCCGAUGGACUCUAGUUUAGUCAACCACGCCUCAGGAUCCCAAAUCAAAACGCCAAAACCCACUGCUCCGACCGCCGCGGAUUUUCCUGACUUACCGAGUCCCAGGUCAUGCGGUGUCAGCUCCGGGUUGCACACAGAUUCGCGCACCCCACUGUCGCCGUUCGCUCAAAAGACCGGAUUGCAAGCACCUGCACCCAAAUCAAAACGCGGCUCGACGAAUCGUCGCCAACAGAGACUGACCAUGACUGAUCCUGAUCCUUUGACAAAGACAUCGGCUCCAGUACUAACCAGCGCAUCAAUACGAUCACGGCAGCACAGAAAUGCCGAUAUUCGGUUCGCUUUGACUGCCACGGGCAUUCUAGAGGUAAAUACCUAUACGUACAUAACUAGUUAUUUACAUAUAAAAAAUGAAACAUGGUUAGUCGAUAUCCACCACAACAAAUACACCUGUUUUUUAAUUAUUUUUUUCACACACGUCUGA